CCGUUAGCCUCCCAACCUAUCCGAUGGUGUCCUCUCUCAUUGAUCCGGCCACAAAAUGGUGGAGAGCUGAUUUGAUUAGAGCUUCCUUCCUCCCCUUUGAAGUUGAUGCUAUUCUAAAAAUACCCAUUAGCCACUCUCUACCUGAUGACAAACGGAUCUGGAUGGGGAACAACCGGGGUGAAUUUUCUGUAAAAAGUGCGUACCAUGUUGCCCAUGGCUUGAUUGAAGCAAAGGAUGAUGUGGAAUGCUCCAUGGGGGACCCACUCAAGCCUCUUUGGAAGAACCUUUGGCGCCUCAAUCUUCCUGCAAAGGUUAAAAUCUUUGCUUGGAGGGCCUGUGUCAACGGGCUGCCAACAAGGGAAAAGAUUUGCACUCGAGGCAUCACUACUAGCAAUGAAUGUCCAAUAUGUGAUGAUCCAUAGGAACAAAUGGACUUUCCAUGAUUCGGCCUUAUACAUUUUAGCCCACAAGCCUCCCACUGAUUUGGAGAUGUUCCUCACUGCUGCUUGGGCAAUUUGGUUCAACAGAAACAAAGUUACACAUGAUGAUAAAUGCUCUUCUCCCUCUGAGACUUGGCAGAUGGCCAAAAACUUAGUUGAGGAGCUCAAUGACGCGGUAAAUAUUGACUUAUUCACGCCUAGACCCUCUCACCAAGCUGGCUGGUCUCCUCCUUCACCCGGUGUCUUUAAAGUCAAUGUUGAUGGGUCUUCAUCCGAUCUUGAAGAGUCAUCCAGCGUUGGAGUCAUCAUCAGGGACUGCAAAGGCCAAACCGUUGCUGCCUUCUGUAAGCCUCUUCAGGCCCAUUACACGACUGAUCUGGUGGAGGUUUUUGCAAUGGAGCAAGGUAUCUUGCUUGCUCAAGAGUUACAACUCUCCAAGGUUAUGUUUGAAAGUGAUGCUCUCUCAAUGAUCAAUGCCAUCAAUGAAUCUGCCUUUGGAACCCCUCAUGGACAUAUUAUUCAGGACAUUUCUCAUGCUCAUCAAUCCUUUGUUUUCUGCUCCUUCAGGCACCUCAAUCGGGCUUUUAAUGGUGCUGCCCAUGCGCUGGCCCAGUUUGCCCGUUGUAAUAGGACUGUCCACUUGUGGAAAGGGGUUACCCCUUCUUUUCUAGAUCCUAUUGUACAAGCUGAUAUGCAGCAUUAACCUGCUUGGCAGAUUC